CGUUGACCCCUUUUCGUUUCUCUGACUCACUUCUCUGUGUGCUAGAAAGAGAAAGUAAGAGAGAAGAGAGAGAAAGAGAGAGGGAAAGACUAUGCUUCGGAAGUCCAGAUUCAGUGCCAGCUGCUAAAAUGAAGGCGAAGACAAUUACAACUUGCAAAAAAGAUGGGAACUAUCCCCAUGUGUCUCAGAAAUCAAAUAAAAUAUCUAAAUCCACUGCUGUCAGAGCAACUAAUGAAAUGGCAAGUUUAGCUAUCUCCAGCCUAACAUCUCAAAAUGAUUUUUGCAAAAAUGAAGAAUAUUCCAUGGAUCUUGACAAUAAAGGAGACAUGGGGCAGACUGAUAUUUCAUUCAAUGGAUGUACAGAUUCAAUGGGGCAGACUGAGAUUUCAUUCAGUGGAUGUACAGAUUCAGUAGUAGCAAGGGAUUCUUUGUCAUCUUUUCUUUCCUCAGAUUCAGAAGCAAUUUCUCCUUAUAAUGGGCCUAAUUAUGACCAGUGUCAGCAAUUUGAAACAGUUAUUAGUGAACAAUUCACAUGGGAACCUCAGCUGGAUGUGGAUGACAAUUUCUUCAGCAGUUUCCAAAUGUGCGACCUAGACUCCUCUGCAUAUGAAACUGGGUUUCCCAUUAUUGAUGAGCUAAGUUCAUUUGAUAACAGUCAAAGCUGUUAUAACCUUUCUGAUCUUCUAUUUCCUGGGAUCAAUUUUACAAACGAUGGCACUGAGGAAAAUAUGGAGUAUCCCACUCUCGAGGAGACAAUAGGAGCAGCAGAUUUUACUUUUGGAGGAUCCUCUGAAGGGUUUCAACAGAUGUUUGAUUCUUCAUGGGUUAAUCAUCUCAUGUGCCAUCAGGCCAUUGCAUUUACUGAAGAACUUACUGUCAGCUCCAGUGAGAUUUCUUCAGACAGAGUUGAUUAUUGGGAUCAAGAGACAUUCAUUAAGGGGGUUUUAGACUUAGCAGAUGAUGCUAACUCAUUGCCUGCAUUACUAAUUGAUGAAACAAGCAAAAGGAAGAAGGUUACCCUUGCCCUUGAUUUGGAUGAAACACUGAUCCAUUCUUCCAUGGAGCAAUGUGACGGUGCUGACUUCACAUUUAAGAUGAUCACGGACAGGGAGAGGACUGUAUAUGUACGGAAGAGGCCCUUCCUCCAAGAAUUUUUGGCAAAAGUAUCGGAGAUGUUUGAAAUCAUCAUUUUCACAGCUAGUAAACGCAUGUAUGCUGAAACAUUGCUAGAUGUUCUUGAUCCUGAUAAGAAGUUUUUUUCUCGACGAGUGUGCCGAGAAUCAUGCACCUGGAAAGAUCGCUGCUGCGUCAAGGAUUUGACUGUUCUUGGAAUUGACCUCGCAAAAGUAUGCAUCAUCGACAACACUCCAGAGGUAUUCAGGUUUCAAGUUAACAACGGGAUUCCCAUCAAAAGUUGGUAUGACGACCCCACUGACUCUGCUCUGAUGUCUUUGCUGCCUUUUCUGGAGAAACUGGUUGAUGUGGAAGAUGUUCGUCCCCUUAUUGCAGAAAAAUUUGGAGCAAGGACUUAAUUUUGCACUUUGUGCUCCCCCUUGCCCUUCUUGGAAGCAGUAGAUAAUAACUUAAUCUUUAGGAUUCUAGAUCUCCUUUCAAUAGCCCUACCUACCCAAUUUUCAUAGAGAGAAUGUUAUUACCUAGUUAGGGUUUUUGUUUUAUCUUUUAGUUACAUAGAUGCUAGUUCUUUUAAAACAUUUUAUUUAAGUUUUUGGUGAAUAUUAUUAUUUACAAAUGGCUAUGAUUCUAUUGUAGCCAAAUAGCAUGCAUAUAAAAGGAAAAAAAAUUGUACAUAAACAGUGUUAUAAUUCAGUUUCAAGUUUUGGCUUUUGUUAAUGCAUGUUGCCAGUUGCUACCAUGUAU